CUUCGCUGUUGUUAAAUUCCAUACCGCUAGAGGGCGUGACAAUACAACAAGCCUGAUUCGGCGACUCUUCGAUGCAGCAGCUGACAUGAAUGGCGAAGGUAACGCAGAGAAACGCCAGGCGGAGCGACUGAUCGGAGCCCAUCUCGCAGAAGCCAUGGACUCCGCGGAUAGGAGAGAGCGACUAGGGAGCCUGCUGGCAGGUAUCACGGGUAUGGAGAAACGCCAAGCGGAGCGACUCAUCGGAGCACAUCUCGGAGAAACCAUGGACUCCUCCGACAGGAGAGAGCAUCUCAGCAAACUGCUGGCAGACAUCACGGGUAUGGAGAAACGCCAGGCGGAGAGGAUCAUCGGAGCACAUCUCGGAGAAACCAUGGACUCCUCCGACAGGAGAGAGCAUCUCAGCAAACUGCUGGCAGACAUCACGGGUAUGGAGAAACGCCAGGCAGAGCGGCUGGUCGGAGCUCAUCUCGGAGAAACCAUGGACUCCUCGAACAGGAGAGAGCACCUGAGCAGUCUGCUGGCAGGUAUCACGGGUAUGGAGAAACGCCAGGUGGAGCGGCUGGUCGGAGCUCAUCUCGGAGAAAUCAUGGACUUCUCCGGGAGGAGAGGGCACCUCAGCGAACUGCUGGCAGACAUCACCGGUAUGGAAAAACGCCAGGCGGAGCGGCUGGUCGGAGCUCAUCUCGGAGAAAUCAUGGACUUCUCCGGGAGGAGAGAGCACCUCAGCGAACUGCUGGCAGACAUCACGGGUAUGGAGAAACGCCAGGCAGAACGGCUGGUCGGAGCUCAUCUCGAAGAAACCAUGGACUCCGCGGACAGGAGAGAGCAUCUGGGCCAGCUCCUGUCGGCACUCACGGGAGGAAUGAGGAAGCGUCAGGCGGAGGUGGUGGUGGGUUCGGCCCAAGGCGGCACGCUGGAGUCGCUGCAGAGGGAAAGGUUUCUUAGCGAGCUCCUCUCGACCAUCGAAGGCGAGAAGGGAAAGCGCCAAGCUGAGCGGCUGGUGGGAGCUCAUCUCGGAGAAACCAUGGACUCCUCCGGGAGAAGAGACCAUCUUAGCCAGCUUCUGUCGCACAUCACGGGCGGAAUCGGGAAGAGGCAGGCGGAACUGUUAGUCGGAGCUGAGCUAGGAGACGCCGUGGACGCCAGCGAACGGAGGGAGCGACUGGACGCCUUACUGUCUAGCAUCACGGGACACCUAGGGAAGCGGCAGGCAGGGAUGGUGGAAGGGACAGGGCGUGGAGAUGCCAUGGGUACCGGAGAGCGGAGGGGACGCCUGAGCGGCCUGAUGUCGAGCAUCACAGACGGGGUAGGAAAGCGCCAGGCCGAAGUGUUGGUCGGAGCGGAACUGGGAGACGCCGUAGACGCCGAGGAGCGGAGAGAACGGCUUAGUGCUCUUCUGUCCAGCAUCACAGGCGGAGUCGGCAAGCGCCUGGCUGAAGUAACGGUCGGCGCACACCGAGGAACGGCAGCGGAUGACAAGAAGCACAGGCAGAUGAUAAACGCUUUGGUCGCCAAGAUCACCGGUUAAAGUACACUCAGUUUAUUCUUCUGACUCCAGAUUUACCAUACGGAAGUGUAGGAAAUGGAAUCCUUGUUACCCGUAUCAGCUAUAGACAGUGGUAUUGUACACCGAAUUUCUCAUUGCGUACCAAAAUACAAUUGAUUGGAUCUAGAAAUAAUACUGAAUUGGAAAUUAAAGUUAUUGCCUGAUGGCCUAAUUUCCAAAGAAAAAGUAUUGUCACAGACAAAGGGUAAAAAGGCUGAUGCAGAAAUGUGCAAGAAAUAUCGACCUAAGAGAGAGAAUCCAACUUCACAGAUAAUGUUACACCAAAGGUGACUUCUCAAGAGGUGAUUGGCCAUCCG